GCGCGGGGUACGGCGCCCCAUAGGGGCGAAAUAUAUAUCAUAUUGUUUCAAUCAUUUACAGAGGCUGUCAUGACGCCAUUUCAUGGAGCGGACAAAGAGUGCGUCUAUCAGAAACAUCAUUGAUCGAAUCGUGAGACGCCCAAUCCCAAAUUAUGGCAGACGGCACGGCGCAGCUAGACGGCCAACAUGAUCUCGGCAACGGCAGAAAGCACAUUCUGCUUAAUGCCUUUGACAUGUCAACAAUAGGACAUCUGUCGCCCGGGCAGUGGAAGAACCCCAAGGACAAGUCAGCAACAAAAAGAGACCUGAACUAUUGGAUAGAUCUCGCGAAGCUACUGGAAAGGGGCGGGAUUAAUGCAUUAUUCUUGGCUGACACAUAUGGCGGAUAUGACACGUACGAGGGCUCAUUGGACAAUUGCAUUAGACGAGCUGCCCAAUGGCCUAUGACCGAUCCGACUAUUCCCAUAUCGGCGAUGGCAUCAGUGACCAGAAAUUUGGCAUUCGGGAUAACAGCAUCCACAUCAUUUGAGCCACCUUUCCUUUUGGCCAAGAGGUUCUCCACACUGGAUCAUUUCACUCGCGGACGGCUAGGCUGGAAUAUUGUCACCGGUUGGAAGAAGACCGCCUUCAAGGCAAUUGGGUUGGAUAGCCCAAUCGACCAUGAUGAAAGGUAUCGUCAGGCAGACGAGUACCUCCGAGUCCUCUACAAAUUAUGGGAAGGCUCAUGGGCAGACAACGCAAUCGACCCGGACCCAGAGAACGACAGCUAUGCAGACCCGGACCGCAUCCGCACGAUCCACCAUCACGGACAGUACUACAACCUGGACACUCGACACAUCGUAGACCCGUCUCCGCAGCGCACACCGUUCCUUUUCCAGGCGGGGACAUCUCCAGCGGGCUCAGAGUUCGCCGCAACGCACGCCGAGGCCAUCUUUGUGUCGUCGCACUCGCCGGCGGUGCUGCGGCCCAAGGUGCAGAAGAUCCGGGAGCUGGCGGCGGAGAAGGGCCGCGACCCGCGGUCCAUCAAGUUCUUCGCGACUUUCACGCCCAUCAUCGGAAAGACGGACGAGGAGGCACAGGAGAAGUAUGAGGAGCUCAAGAAGUACGCCUCGGUCAUCGGCGGCCUCGUGCUCUUCAGCGGCUGGACCGGUAUCGACAUCUCCAAAAUCCCGCUGGAUCAGGAGAUCACGGCUGCAGACUCGUUGGAGGCCCACAAGGUGCGCAGCAUCCUGGACAGCUUCACGACGACGAGCAAGGAGGUGCCGCGGUGGACGCCGCGCGUGGUGGCAGAGCGAGCGUGCAUCGGUGGUCUGGGGCCAGUCUCGGUCGGGAGCCCGCAGACGGUGGCGAACGAACUCGAGAGCUGGGUGCGCGAGGCGGACGUGGAUGGAUUCAACCUAGGAUAUGUGACGACGCCCGGCACGUUCGAAGAGGUGGUUGACCUGCUGGUGCCGGAGCUGAGGAGGCGCGGCCUCUACCCGGAGCCGCUUGAGGAGCAGCUCACAGCCCGCGAGAAGAUCUACGGCAAGGGCCAGACGGGGUUGCGAGAUGACCAUACGGGCAGCAGAUACAAGUAUGAUGUCUACCAGGAGGAGCCGGCUUUUGUGAAGGAGCAGGACAGAGAAGAGCUCUCCUCGGAGCCGCAGGCGAAAUAA